AUGACGGCGGAAGUAUUGCCCACGGCGAGCAACCUGCCAAACAGCCAGGUCCCCGAGGCCGAUGGCAAAUAUGUCUACUUUGCCUCUGGCUCCAAGGCGACCUACCGCAAGGUCUCUGAGAAGCCCACCGGAUUCACCAGCAUACCCACCAUCGACAUCAGUGAGAUCGACGGCUCGCUCGAGGCACGGAAGAAGAUCGCAAAGGAGAUCUACAAUGCGUGCCACGACUGCGGUUUCUUCUACAUCAAGAACCAUGGCGUGCCUGAUGAGUUGAUCGGUGAGACCUUUGAGGUAUUGAAACGGUUCUUUGCCCUGGAUCUCGAGACCAAGAUGGACGCCCACUUGCACAAGAACCCGGCUAUCAGGGGCUAUGAGCCUAUGCUGGAGACACAGAAUGACCCACGGACAAAGGGCGACAUCAAGGAGGCUUUCAGCAUGGGUGACUGUGCAAUCGAGCCCGAGCAGAAUUACGUCGGCAGGACCGGCCACCAGCCCCCACCUCACAUCACCAGGCCUCAGAACAUCUGGCCCAGCAAGGCUCCGUGGUGGCGUGAGGGCAUGUACAGGUACUACCAGCAUCUCAUGCCGCUGGCGGCGAAGCUGGUUCGGAUAUUCGCCCUCGCGUUCGACCUGGACGAGCACCACUUUGACAAGGAUUUUGAGUUCCCCAUCACGGGAAUGAGGGCACUCUACUAUCCUCCCACUCCAGUAGACAAGGACUCGGCCAGUGUUGGCCUUGGAGCCCAUGCUGACUUCUCUUGGAUCACACUGGUUGGACAAGACAAGGUACCAGCCCUGGAGGUCCUGAACCAAGAUGGUAUCUGGAUCGACGCUCCUCCCAUCCCAGGCACGUUUGUGUGCAACGUAGGCUCGUUCCUCGAGCACCAAACCAACGGCUUCUUCCCCGCCACCGUCCACCGCGUCCGGAACAAGACCGGACAGGCACGCUACUCCCUGCCUUUCUUCCUGGGUCCCGGCCCCGAGGCAGACCUGGCGGUGCUGGACCAAUUCAAGGACAAGAGCGACCCCGACAGGAAGUACGAGACCAUCAACGUCGGCAAGCUCUACAUCAAGCGUGUGCUGCCUGCGCGCAAGAAGCACCCCACGGCAAUCAAGUAUCAAGACGUCCCAGAGGAGGACUGGACGUACGAUAUGCUUUUGAAGUAA